AUGUCAAUAGAAAAGAACACACGGACCAUUCCUUGCGAGCAUUGUCGAAUCAAGCGAAGGAAAUGUGUGGCCAUGGAAGGCACAGCUUGUGAGCGUUGUCGAGAGUAUGGGAUAGUGUGUCUCUUUCGGUUUCCAAUACGACGCACAAAACGAAUACGAAAGCGCUACAGCAAACGAAUGGCACCCGAGGCAAAAGCGGCAAAAGAGCUUAGGAAUCUUGAACAGCAGGCAACAAUACUAGAAGAGCAUUUAAGGCAGCUUUCAUCUUGCGACUUGACGAGAUAUCAACGACACCUUUCAAUUGUAAUGACACAGCAAGGAAUUCGAAUUGAAACGCCAGUACGAUCAAUGACGGAUAUGCUCAUGUUCCUGGAGCAGACAUGGUCAUACUUUUUCUGGGACCAAUCAUUAUCCUUGAGGAGUCCAUCAAUAUGGGGAUCUACGGAGGAUGGCGAUAAUGCAUCAGUGCAGGUGACACUCAAACGCCUGGGUACCGAAUAUCGACAUGUUUGCAUCCUUUUAAGCAACAGCAAUCGACCCAUACAUAAACGCCUUUCAUCACAAGAUACCGAUCCAUUUGACAUUUCCAGCAUCAAACACCGCAUGAUUGACCUUUUCUUUUCUUGUAUCGAAUAUGCAACCCCCAUCAUCGUUCGCCCUUAUUUCAUGGAUCUAUACCACCGAUAUCCCGAUUCAAUGAUCACCAACGCGACAGUAGCAUACGUAGCAUUAUCACCAUGUAACCACGUGAGCCUUAUUCCCUUCCCUUGCACACGUCAAGCCUUCGGUCAAUAUUGUCUCGAGCGGGCUCGAAAGCAGAUGGAAGAAACACUUUUUGGCGAUGAUGAAGAAACAGCAGCACCAUCUAUUGAAACAAUGCUUGCAUUAUGGAUGAUGGGAAUGUCUUUGAUUAUUCUACUAAAGCAUGAUGAGGCUCGUAUGCUCUUGGAUAUUGGAUGGCAAAUGGCGGUGCAGCUACGUGCGACCUAUCUUCCCGUAUUACAGCAUUUCGAUGAUGAUGAUUCAAUACCUCUGGAAUUGCAAGCAAAAGCGGAAACAUGGCGACGAUCUUAUGCGUUGAUGCGUUUUGUAUACCAAGGCUUUACAGCAUACAGCAGGCAAAAUAGUGUCAUGAGCGAUGAUCAUGAUCAUGACCUUUCGUUUCACAGCCAAGCCGGGUUACCCAAGAUGAUGCCAGAUGAACAAGCCGACCCAGCGCUGUAUGCAGUCGUUGAUGCCUUUCGACACUUUGUGGAAUUCAGUAUUGCCAUACCACGUUUAUUGCUUAAACUCAAUACUGGCCUUGUGGAACAUGUAUCAUAUCGUGCAGUCGUCGAAGCUGAACAAUGGUUCUUUACAUUCUGGCAUCGAUUACCCAAUACCUAUCGACUCACACAAACCGGCCCGCUUGAUAUUCUCGACUUGUAUCAAUUACGACAAUGCAUCAAUCCAACAGUGCUGAUGUUGCACAGGUUCUAUUACGAUCAAUGGAUUAUGCUUGAAAUGCGUUUCAUGUCUCCGCCUCCCUUGCCCAAAGAUACCAAUGAUCAAGAUCAUCCUCCAUUUCAUCGGCUUGAUAGUGAGCGUGCCCUGAUGGUUGUUUCAAUAUGCUGCGAUGCGUUUGUCAAGCUCACGGUUGUCUUGCAUGAGAAAGAUCACCCUUGCAUAUACGACGUUCAUACAGCUCUCAUCGUUGCAGAGUUACUCGACAUGUUACGGUCCUCUUCGAAUACGAUUGUGCGUAAUCGUGCAGAGCAGAAUCUUGCAUGGUGCUGUGAACUUCUUCGUCCUAAUAUUGUCGAUGCAAAUGAGCAACCAAUAUCAGCAACAUCCUACUUCCGAGAAAUGGGACAAUUGACUAAGCAAUAUCUGCAAAGUUUAUUAUAG